AUUCAAGUGUUUAAUUUUUUUUUUUUUUGAAUAUCGGUUAGUGUGGUACAAAGAAUAUUAUUUUUUUUUUUGGUUUCAUUAAUUAAAAAAACUGUGAAGUGUUGAAAAAAAAACUUGAACGCUUGAUUUGAAUUUUAACGCGUCUAAGUUCGGCGAAGAAGCAAAUCUAAAGAACACUGCACAAAAUGAGUCCACCAGCUUUGUUGAGCAAAGAAAUACCGGAUAUUGAGAAUCUACUCACUUUGAAUCCCCGCGUCAAGACGAAAUGUUCCGCGGUGCCCACCACUGAGACCAAAGUGAAUAAAAAGCAUUGGAAGCGCAACCCCGAUCGCAGCUGUGCAGCCGGUCCCAAGUUGAACAACAAUUUCGAAGACAUCAAACACACCACCCUCUCGGAGAGGGCUGCCCUCAAAGAAGCUGCCCGUUGUCUGAAAUGUGCCGAUGCUCCAUGCCAGAAAUCCUGUCCCACUCAAUUGGACAUCAAGAGUUUUAUCACCAGUAUUGCCAACAAAAAUUACUAUGGUGCUGCGAGAGCGAUUUUCUCCGACAACCCCCUGGGUUUGACGUGUGGCAUGGUGUGCCCGACCAGUGAUCUGUGUGUGGGUGGUUGUAAUUUGCAAGCCUCCGAGGAGGGACCCAUUAACAUUGGUGGUCUGCAGCAAUAUGCCACGGACGUGUUCAAACAAAUGGGUGUCAAGCAGAUUGUUCCACCCGGCAUUAAGACACCCAAACAGGUGAACAAGAAAAUUGCUCUGUUGGGUGGUGGUCCAGCAUCGUUGUCAUGUGCCACCUUUUUGGGACGUUUGGGCUAUAAGGAUAUUACCAUCUAUGAGAGACGUUCCUAUUUGGGUGGUUUGAGUUCAUCGGAAAUUCCCCAAUAUCGUUUGCCUGUGGAAGUGGUGAAUUUCGAAAUUGAAUUGGUCAAGGAUUUGGGUGUGAAGUUUGAGUUGAAUCGCAGUUUGUCGACCAAGGAUUUGACGGUGAAGGACCUCUUGGCCUCCGAUCAUGCCGUCUUCUUGGGCAUUGGUUUGCCCGAACCCAAAUUGAAUCCCAUCUUUAAGGGUCUCGACGAGUCUAUGGGUUUCUACACCUCGAAGAGCUUCUUGCCCAAGGUCGCCGAUGGCUCCAAACCUGGCCUGUGUGCCUGCAAGGCCAGCCAGGCUCUGCCACAACUCCAUGGCAAUGUCAUUGUUUUGGGUGCUGGCGACACGGCCUUCGAUUGUGCCACGUCGGCUUUGCGUUGUGGUGCCAAACGUGUCUUCGUUGUGUUCCGCAAAGGUUCAUCGGGUAUUCGUGCCGUUCCCGAGGAGGUUGAAUUGGCCCGCGAAGAGAAAUGUGAAUUUUUACCUUAUUUAUCGCCCCGUAAGGUUUUGGUAAAGGAUAACAAAAUCACCGGCAUGGAAUUCUGUCGCACCGAGCAAAACGAAAUCGACGAAUGGGUGGAGGAUGAGGAACAGACCACCAAAUUGAAGGCCAACUUUGUCAUAUCCGCCUUUGGCUCUGGAUUGUAUGAUGCGGACGUGAUUGAGGCCAUGGCCCCGGUGGAGUUGGACAAGUGGUCCAUGCCCAAGCUGAAUUUGAAGACCCUGCAGACAACGGUACCCCAGGUAUUCUGUGGUGGCGAUUUGGCCGGUGCUGCCGAUACCACUGUGGAAUCGGUCAAUGAUGGCAAAAUUGCAGCCUGGAGCAUGCAUUGCUAUUUGGAGGGCCUGCCCUUGGACACCCCGGCCGAUUUGCCGCUGUUCCACACCGAGAUUGACAAUGUGGACAUUUCGGUGGAAAUGUGUGGCCUGAAAUUUGAAAAUCCCUUCGGCUUGGCCUCGGCUCCACCCACCACCAGUGCGGCCAUGAUACGUCGGGCCUUUGAACAGGGCUGGGGCUUUGUGGUGACCAAGACCUUCGGUUUGGACAAGGAUUUGGUGACAAAUGUUUCACCCCGCAUUGUAAGAGGAACAACGUCCGGCUACAACUAUGGCCCCCAACAGGGAGCCUUUUUGAAUAUUGAAUUGAUUUCGGAAAAGAAGGCCGAGUACUGGUUCCGUUCCAUUGCGGAGCUGAAAAAGGAUUUCCCCACCAAAAUUGUCAUUGCCAGUAUUAUGUGUCAGUACAAUGAACAGGAUUGGACGGAAUUGGCCACCAAGGCUGAGGCCUGUGGCUCGGAUGCCUUGGAGCUGAAUCUUUCGUGUCCCCAUGGUAUGGGUGAAUCGGGUAUGGGUUUGGCCUGUGGCCAGGAUCCUGUGUUGGUGGAAAACAUUGCCAAGUGGGUGCGCAAGGCUGUUAAGAUUCCCUUCUUUGUCAAGUUGACGCCCAACAUCACGGAUAUUGUUGGCAUUGCCAUGGCGGCGAAACGUGGCAAUGCCGAUGGUGUUUCGGCCAUCAACACAGUCCAGGGCCUGAUGAGUCUGAAGGCUGAUGCCACACCCUGGCCGGCAGUGGGUAGCGAAAAGAAGACCACCUAUGGAGGUGUCUCCGGCAAUGCCACACGACCAAUGGCCUUGAGAGCCAUUUCGGCCAUUGCCAAUAAAUUACCAGGAUUCCCCAUUCUGGGUAUUGGUGGCAUUGAUUCGGGUGAGGUGGCCCUGCAAUUCUUGCAGGCUGGAGCCACGGUCUUGCAGGUGUGUUCUUCGGUGCAAAAUCAGGACUUUACCCUUAUCGAGGACUAUUGUACCAGUUUGAAGGCCCUGCUGUAUCUGAAGGUCCAUCCACCACCACACAAUGCCCCCUUCUGGGAUGGCCAAUCGCCACCAACCCCAAAACAUCAAAAGGGAAAGCCAGUGAUGCACUUGACCGGAGAGGGUAAUAAGGUAAGGGGAGACUUUGUUCUAUGGCUAAAUUUUGGGGAGAAAUUUAAAUUUUUGAAUUUUCUUUUUCAGACCCUGGGCUUCUUUGGUCCCUAUCUCAAGGAACGUGAGGAGAAAAUGGCCAAAUUGCGUGAAGAAAAGGGACCCAUUUGGAAAAUCGAAACAGAUGAUGUUGCCGGCAGUAAUGGACAAGAUGGCAAGGCCACAGAUGGUCACUCCAAUGGGGUACCCAAAGUCAAGGAUGUUAUUGGCAGGGCCCUGCCGCAUAUUGGUACCUACAAGAGUCUGGAUAAUAAGCAACAGAAGGUGGCCUUGAUUGAUGAUGACCUCUGUAUCAACUGCGGCAAAUGCUACAUGACCUGUGCCGAUUCCGGCUACCAGGCCAUUGAAUUCGAUCCCCAAACCCAUAUCCCCCACAUCACCGAUGACUGCACGGGCUGUACGUUGUGCGUGUCCGUUUGUCCCAUCAUCGAUUGCAUUACCAUGGUGCCAAAGAAAAUCCCCCAUGUCGUCAAGCGUGGCCUGGGAGAGGAGAAGAAUUACUUUACACAUGCCCUGAGUCCCAUGCAGUAAGUAGUGGUGGCGGGGAGCGAAGCGGAGCAAAGUAGAGCCGUAAAACAUUCUUGUGAAUGCAUUUAAAUAAUUCAUUUCUAAAAAUAUUUUAUUUUAGAACAAUUACCCAAAGUUUUUUAAAUAAAUAAUAUGAUAUUAAUAAAAAAAAA